GCACCUGGCCCAGGUGAGGCGGGGCCGGACGCGCUCCCGGCUCGCAGGGAAAUCCCACCCUCUGAACAAUGAAGAUCUUAGACCCUGGCUAACUCUGAGUGCUGCAAACCCCUCGUGGAUCCUUCCUGGCUCCUCUGGAGCAGAUGCUGAGGCUCUCUGGAGGGACCUGCAGUCACUCCCCGUGCCUGUGUGAGAGCAGAGGAAGCUCCCAGCCAUCGUGUGCCCCAGAGCCGAGCCAUGCUGGGCCGGAGGAGCCGCCUGCCCCCCGAGCUGAGCGGCGCCCGGCAGAGGGAGCAGCCCUGCCCGGAGGCCGUGCCCCUGCGGGCCCGCGCAGCCAGGGACUCCAGGGACAGCAGGGACAGCAGGGACACGGAUGUCAGCCUCGAGGUGCUCAGUGGCUCCGAGAGCAAAGCCGGCCGCGGCCGCGCGCAGCAGAUGCGGGACAGGAAAGGGCGCAAGGCCGAGCUCAAAGACCCCAACGGCCGCGAGGCAGAGACCAUCACCUUCAUCUCUGGGACAGCAGAGGCUCCCCCAAACCAGGGCUUCUGCUGCUCCUCCCUGUCUCAGGCCUGGAACACGUACAAGGCUGUUUUCUGUUGCAUAGUGACGUGUGGGGGCUGCUUCCAGGACUGCAGUGUCUGCAUUCCCUACCCAGGGCCCGCUGAGGCCUCCACAGAUGAUGGCAAGAACGGAGACUACAAUGGGCGGCUGCCAAACAGCCCUACCAACACCUCUCCUGCUGAGAAGAACGGGAACCAGAUCAAAAAGUCCAGCAUGGGCAGCAGUUUCAGUUACCCAGACGUGAAGCUGAAGGGCAUCCCUGUCUAUCCAAACAGGAACACCAACCACCACGUGGAAUCUGAUUCCUGCUGCAAGGAGCUGCUGGAGAAGCCCUUCAGGAACAGCAUAGAAAAGCCAGCGCUCCCCAGCAGCCACCGGAGCUCAGAGGAGUAUUACUCCUUCCACGAGUCCGACGUGGACAUCAGCGAGCUGAACGGCUCCAUGUCCAGCAGGCAGAUCGACGUGCUGAUCUUCAAGAAGCUCACGGAGCUCUUCAGCGUCCACCAGAUCGACGAGCUGGCCAAGUGCACCUCGGACACCGUCUUCCUGGAGAAGACCAACAAGAUCUCGGACCUCAUCAACAGCAUCACUCAGGACUACAACCUGGACGAGCAGGACGCCGAGUGCCGGCUGGUGCGGGGCAUCAUCCGCAUCAGCACCCGCAAGAGCCGCGUGCGGCCCCACAUCUGCAGCCAGGGCCAGCAGGACGCGUCCGGCCGCGGCACCGCGCCCGACAGCGGCAACGAGACCAUGCUGGAGUCCAUGGUCAUCAGCCAGGACGAGCUGGCCGUGCAGAUCUCGGAGGAGACCCCGGCGGAUGUGCUGGCCAGGAACAUGAGGCGGCACAGCAGCGCAGGCUCUCCAACCAGCAGAGAUUCCUCUUUCCAGGACACAGAGACUGACUCCUCAGGGGCACCUCUGCUCCAGGUGUACUGUUAAAGGACCUGAGCAGCAGGAGGCAUUCCAGCCUGUGCUGCAGUCACAAUCCUCCUCCUUCCAUGUGGAGUGUCUUGUGCCAAGUUUAAUUUUUUUUUUCUCAGUCUUCCCUGAUCCUUACUGAAGCCAGAUUCCUCCUGCUGUCUGAACUUCACUGAAUAUUUUGGUUUUUAUGGACAAUCAAGGAAGCAAACUGCAGAACUAAUGAACUUGGAGGUGGAAUGUGUGCCCAGGGAGGAGAAGAUGGACAAGGAAGUAGCAGAGAACUUGUGCCUCUGUGAUUCCUGUAAAUCACAGUUAGCUCCAGCAGCUCAGGGGCUCAGCCCUUUCCCUGCUUUGAGGACCUGUUGUACAGUUCUGCUUCCUGCAUUGCCUGAGUGAACUUGGAUAGGGAAUAACUGUGGUGUCUGUGUGGUGGUGCUGAUGUUGAGGUGCAGGCUGAAUCCUGCUCUGCAGGGACCCAAAUCUCUAUGUGAAGUGCCUGUGUUGGUCCCACCAACCCAAAGUCUUCCACCCGUGGUGUUUUCAGUGGGCAGCUCUGCCUUUCCCUGCGGAGCCUUGGUGUCACCUGCUGCUGCCUGAGGAGAAGGUUCAGCUUUGUGGGGCUCAUUCAAUUUGUGCCUCUUGGCUCAUCCCCUGAUUCAGGGCUAGUGCUGGGGUGGCUGCAGCAGGAGGAAGCUGCAUCUGUGGUGCUGCCACUUGGUUGUUUAUCAGAGAGUAAACACGGCGAGCCAUGGGACUUGUUUGGAGCUUUGGGUGCCCUUGGACAUGAACAGAAAAUGCUUCAUUUAAUUCACCAGCCAUAGGAUAAACACACCCACUGGAUUUUGGGGAGAGGGAAGCCCAGACAGGCCCUGGGCUUCCAUGUGGACCAUGUUUUGUGCCUUAGAUGGACUGGAAUGUGCUUCAGUUGGACUGAAAUGUGUCUUAAUUGAACUGAAAUGUGCCUUAGUUGAAAUGUGCCUGUAUUUUAUAGCUUGUGAUUGCUCUUCAGAGGUUUGGGCAGGGAGGAAGGAUUUAAUUCCUCUCAGGAGCUCUCAGGCUUCUUUAAAAGGCCAAAACCCUUUGAAAUGGACAGUUGCAGUCCCUGUUAGAGCCUGUUUCUGUAAAUCACUGGCUGUUUUCAGAGUGUGCUUCCAGGAAUCAGGGGCAUUACUGAGACCACACCUGGAGACACUGACAGAGAUAUUUGAAAGACGAAGGGAAGGGACCGAGCCUUGGAUUUGGCUUCCCCUCCCUGCUUUAUGUUCAAAGCUGUUGGUUGAUGAGAAAUCGAGUUCAUACAAGGGAAAGACUUGAAGCAAGGCCAGGCUGGGACUCCCAGGGGAGCUGUGUGAGGUCACCUCCCUCCAAAUGCUGCCCGUCCUGAGGGACCUGCUUGGCUUCUGCUUCUCCUGGGUUUGUACAUUGUUAUUUGGACAAGUUUCCUCAAAGCUGUGUGCUGAGGUUCACGUGGGUCACACUGACACAGCUCUGUGGGCUGAGCUGGAAACGAGGGGUGAGCUGGGCUUGCAGAGAGCUGCAGUCCCUGGUUCAGAGCAGAUCCACAUUUUAGUGGCUGGUCUGGGUGUGAAGAGUGAGCAUGUGGGAGUUAAACUAGCCAAAAAAACCCCAAACCCCCCAAAAACUCACCCUGAGGAAGACUGUCAACUCGAUGGUCCCUGAAGCUGGUUCACCUGUGGUGUCUUAUGGGAUUCUUUUGCACUCAUUGGCCUUAAAUAUUAUGGUUUGGUCUUUUUUAUAAAGUAAAAGUUGUGCUCUUUG